UUUCGGCGCUGAUCCGGGUCUUGGAGCGAGCACCAUCACAGAGUCACUGUCCGCCGAGAAUGGAGAGCGUGCUGGCAGUGCCCCGGCUGCCCCCACACGACCCGGGGACGCCCGCGCUGUCCGUGGUGGACAUGCACACGGGCGGCGAGCCCCUGCGCGUGGUGCUGGCCGGGUGUCCGGAGCUGGUCGGGCCCACGCUGCUGGCCAAGCGGCGCUACAUGCGGCAGCACCUCGACUUCGUGAGGCGCAGGCUUAUGUUGGAGCCCCGGGGCCACCGGGACAUGUACGGGGCGGUCCUGGUGCGCAGCGAGCUGCCCGACGCGCACCUGGGCGUCUUAUUCCUGCACAACGAGGGCUACAGCUCCAUGUGCGGCCACGCGGUGCUGGCUCUGGGCCGCCUGGCUCUGGACUUCGGGCUGCUGCCCGCGCCCCCCGCCGGAGCGCGCGAGGCCCGCGUCAACAUCCACUGUCCCUGCGGGCUGGUGACCGCCUUCGUGGCCUGCGAGGAUGGCCGCAGCUGCGGCCCAGUGCGCUUCCACAGCGUCCCGGCCUUCGUGCUGGCCUCAGAUCUCACGGUGGAUGUUCCUGGACAUGGAAAGUUGGUAGUAGACAUUGCAUAUGGUGGAGCGUUUUAUGCAUUUGUCAGCGCAGAAAAGUUAGGACUUGAUGUGUGUUCUGCAAAGACAAGGGACCUUGUGGAUGCAGCUAGCGCGGUGACAGGUGCAGUGAAAUCUCAGUUUAAAAUUAGCCAUCCUGAGAGUGAAGACCUGGCUUUUCUGUAUGGAACUAUAUUAACAGAUGGGAAAGAUGCUUACAGUGAGGACCCCACCACCAACAUCUGUGUGUUUGCAGAUGAACAGGUUGACAGAAGCCCUACCGGCUCAGGAGUGACAGCGCGAAUUGCUUUACAAUACCAUAAAGGUCUUCUGGGAUUGAACCAGACCAGAGGCUUCAAGAGCAGUGCAACUGGCUCUGUGUUCACAGGAAAGGCUGUUAGGGAAGCAAAGUGUGGUGACUUUAAAGCUGUGGUAGUGGAAGUGUCGGGACGAGCCCAUUACACGGGGGCUGCGAGCAUGACGGUGGAGGAGGAUGAUCCACUGAAGGACGGCUUUCUUCUCAAGUGACCUCUUCCAUGAUUGUGUGGGCUUUCCUUCUAAAGGUCCUUAUCUAUAAGUAACAUUGUCUCUUAAUGGUGUAAAAACCAAUGUCUGAUAUGCAUGUAAGCUAAUUUCCAUUCUGUCUAAAUUCCACACUGUGGCUAAAUAAAAAGUCAUUAUAACUCCAAUUUUCCAAUUUAUUUGGUAUGUUUAGUAUACAAACUGCUAAAAAUUCAGGAACUUUUCCUAGUUAUUAACCUAUCAGAUAAAAUGAAAACCUAUAUUACUUUAAAAACAUGACUCUAUGGUAAUGACUACAGUAUGUUAUCUUAAAGGCGCUUUGAAUAAUACCUGUAAUUAUAGGACUUACAACGAUGAAAUCCACAAGCUUAUCAUUCUGCUGUCUAACUUGGAGCAAAAAUGUUCUCAGUAAGCUGCAUGGUAGUCAGAUGGAGUACUGGAAGGUUCUCAAUACUUGGCAUACCUAGGCUUGGAAGGAUGAGCCGGGGUGUUGACAUCUUUGAACAGGCACACUGUAUUUUAGCGGUUUGUAGGAUGGCCUCUGAGUUACAAAGCCCAGCUUCUAUAUUCAUUGGAACCUAUGUGCUAUAAAUAGAUACAAAGACCAAAUGCUAAUCAAAUUUUUGCUAUCACUUUAAGGCUUUAAAAAAAAUCAUGCUGGGAAUUGAACCCAGGGCCUCAUUCCCAUUAAACAUACAGUCUCUCAUGAAUGUGCCUCUAGUUUCUUUAAAGCUUUUAUAAAAAGACUUGCAUACUAUAUUAUUGAAAAACAAUAAGACAGUAGAAAUCAAUCCAUGAGCCCAGUGCUGGUGACUUAUUUUGGUAUCUCCAAAAAUCACCAGCAAAAAGCAAGGAAGGAGGCAUGGCUCAAGUA